AUGUUAUCUGAAAAAAAGAAUAGUGCAGCUGUAUGUGAUCUUAGUGUAUACAAAACAAAUUUAAUGAAACAAGCGGAAAAAAUUGUGUUGGAAGAAUUCCCGAAAAAGGUACUUGAAUUCAAUAACUUACUUGAGGACGAGCAGUUCUCUUAUGAGCGACUGCCGGAGCUUUUACCAAAUAUUGACUUGGGGAUUCCAUAUUCGGACCAACUAAUCAAAUAUGCGAAUGACAGAAAAUCUAAUGAACAUGAAAAUGAUGAUGGGAUUCUAAAAAAACGAAAAAUUGAUCAUACGAUUAUCCGUCCGCUUCACGGCACUUCAGUCUAUAGUUUUGUAAAUGGGACCGUUAAAUGUAACGAAAAACUUGCUGGUCUCACCGAUAUCACACGUCCUUUACUUCGUGAUUCGGUUGAAGCGGUGAACAAGGUAAAAAUGUGGAUCUUAUUUUUGAUUCCACGUAUUGAAGAUGGCAAUAACUUUGGGGUGUCCAUACAGGAAGAAGUUCUGAGUGAGGUGCGUACUGUAGAGGGUGAAGCAGCAUCAUUUCUUGAUCAGAUGUCUCGAUAUUUCGUUAGUCGUGCUCGUUUGGUAACUAAAGUAGCCAAGUAUCCACAUGUUGAAGAUUACCGUCGUGCAAUUCUGGAUAUGGAUGAGAAGCAGUUUAUUAAUAUCCGUCUUGUGCUGACCGAAAUGCGCAAUCAUUUUGCUACCCUUCACGAUAUGAUUACGAAAAAUUUCGAGAAAAUCAAAAUGCCACGAAGUAAUAAUGCGGAACAUAUGUAUUAA